ACGGCUGCUUACUGGUGACUCCAGAGGUGGAGCAAUUCAGGGUGGGGGGUGAAGCUGUGAUCAUUUCCUUCCCGGUGUUCAAGAGCGUCCUCAGAUUCCUAAACAUCGCCCUCCCGACAGCGAGGUUCCUCAUCACCAAGGACAAUGAGACAGAGGGCGUGGCCAACGAGAGAGACGGGCGCGUCCAGCAGCGUGAGAAGCAGCUGUGGCUCCUCCCAGCUCAGGCGUCGGACUCAGGGGAAUAUAUGUGCACGUACAGGAAUGAAACCUACUGUAUCACCGGGAAAAUCACGCUGAAAGUGUUCGAGUCCGGCUCUGUGGACAUAGAGAAAGUGUCUUAUUCAAUCUCAGCCACGGUGGGAGAGAGGCUGACGUUCAGAUGUCCAUUGCUGAGCGACUUCAACAGUACAAACAGACUGAUAGAGUGGUACAAGGAAAACAGCUCCACUGCUUUUCAGUCGGGCAGAGCGGGCUCCCUCCGCCAGGACAGUGCCAACCUGAGGAUCCCUGUAGUGAGCCGCUCACAUGCGGGCAUGUACACCUGUCAGCUCCAAGUGCUCAUCGACCAGCAGCAGUACAAAGUCAGCCGGGUCGUCCUGCUCCACGUGCAAGGUCCAGACCCAGAGAUCAGCACCUCCGCACCUGACGUCACUGUGACCUCUGACCCUGAGAGAAGCAGCACCUACAGCACUGAUCAUGCCUCGCCACCUGUGAUUGUCUCGCCGUUGAACGGAAGUAUUUUUGAAAGUCCACAUGGUUCAGGUCUGGAGCUGUGGUGCACAGUGCUCACCGGAUGUCACCAGGCGGAUUCCACCGAGGUCAAGUGGCUCGUCAACAGCCAAUCGGUGGAUUCAUCGUACCUGGAUGAGCGGGCGAUGCAGGGGGGGAGGAGGGUAACCAAGGUGACAGGCGGCUGCCAGAUUGAGUUGAGGCUGGUUGUCGUGGGGAUAACGGAAGAAGACGUGAAGACGGAGCUGAAGUGUGUCACUCAGAACCAGGCAGGAAGACAGGAAGUGGUGGCCAGGCUUCAUCUGGAGGACUCCACAUUCACAUGGCUGGUGGUCGCUGCAGUGGCCAUGUCCUGCUUCCUCUGUGUGGUUUCUGUUUUCCUCUACGUCCUCUUCAAACCCAAAAGCAAAAGGAAACUGGAUUAUAUCCUGGCUCGACAGAACAGCACCUUCUAACACCUCUUCUUAUACUACAUAGAAUGAGUCUUUCAUGCGUUGAUACAACCACGGAUUUAAUGAUUUUUUAAAUAUGGAGCUUUAUUCAGUUUCAGUCACUUUAUGUCCUCAUGUGACAGGUACAUGCAUUUAACUGCCACAGGUCUUCUCUCACGCAUCUAUCUUGUACAGGUGUGAUGGAAACAUCUUGUGGAGUGAAACACAGAAUAAUCAGCAGAAAUUCUGAUAUAUGGUCAAACUCAGCGAGGGCUGCAAUAUCUGCAUGUACAUGAAAACAACACAGAAGCGCAUGAGAAGUGAAUUUAUCUGUUUAUUUUGUGAUUCUAACACUCCGUCUGAAAUACACACUCAGGGGCAACUUUGUUCGACACUCCCACAGACUGUAAAUAAAGAUACGUCUCUACUUU